GAGGUGGAAGUGGUCCUUCCGUUUUCAGCAGCCCGCACAUCUUUGCGGGCGACUGUUUUGCUUUUUUUUCCUAGCAGGAGUGGCGCUCGGAGGGGUUUAAAAAGGUGCAGUCCGCAAACUUGGGCGCAACAGAGCUCCCAGUGGAAACCAGCAGGAUGGACGUCAGCAAGCGACCGGGGAUGAGGGACACCGUGCUGGCGCUCCUCCUCGCCGUCCUGCAGGGUCUCCCCAUCGGGGAAGCCUCCCCGAACCCGUCCCCGUUGGCUGGAUCCAACUGGGGGAACCCGAGGAGAUACGUCCACCUGCAGACCUCCACGGACCUCAGCACCUUCUACCUGGAGAUCAGGCCGGACGGCGCGGUGCGCAGAGCCACGUCCAGGACGUCAUACAGUGUAAUUCUACUGAAAGCUGAAACACGGGAGCGCCUGGCCGUCUUCGGAGUCAAAAGCAACCGCUACCUGUGUAUGGAUUCAGAGGGCAACCCCUACACCUCGUCUGUUUGUCUCAGGGAGGAAUGUUUGUUCAACCACAAGCUUCUGGAGAACAACCGUGACAUAUACUACUCCACCCGGAAUAGCAUCCUGUUCAACCUGGAGGGCUCCCGGCAGGUGUACGUGGCGGGCCAGAAUCUGCCGCAGACCGCCCUCUUCCUGCCAAAGAAGAACACGGUGCCGCUGGAGCGCCUCCUGCUGCACAGGGGGAAGAGGAACCAAGUGGUGGACCCCUCAGACCCACACAACGCCCUCAUCUUCCAGACCGAGGACGGCUCGGACUCCAGGGCCGUGCGAGAGGAUGACGGAGACCUGGAAGUGGAGGUGGAGACUGAGGUUGGGGACGACGGGGUGAACGCCUCCAGGGAGACGCCGCAGCAUGGUCCGUCCAACCACGACCCCUGGAACGUACAGUCUUCCAGACAAGUUAGCCCCCGGAUCACCGGCACCGUGGGACGAGCUUAGAGGGGCAAACUACUCAUAAAGCUGCAGCAUGGAACUUUGAUUAAAAAUACAUAUCUUUACAUAUUUGUUUAAACUGUUACUAUGUUCUGACAGCAUGAGACGAAAAAUCUGGCUCCUCUGUCUUCUCCCAGAGCUAACUAGAAACAACCAGAGCCAGGAGGAGGGUCUUAAGCGCUGUCAAUCAUCCCUCUGCAUGAAUGCUAAUGCUAUUUAACAUCGACACAAAUCACUGCUUAUAAAUCAUUUUCCUGUAACAGUAAGAUGUUUCUCCUCCAUUAGCGCAUUUAGCAGUGUACAUGAAGAUGAUUGACAGCGCUAAGGCCCUCCUCCUGGUUUUGAUUAGCUGUUUUUGGCUGCAUUUCUUCAGACGGCCAUAGUAGCCAAGGGAAGAGGUGGAGAUUGAUCUUUUCAUAGAUUACCUGUCUCAUAACAACCCGUUACAACGUGGAGAGUUUAAACAAAUAUGUAAAAAACCUUUUUUAAUUAUAAAAGUUACAUUCUGCUACUUUAAAGACUUUAGAUUAGGCCAAACUGCUGGUGAAUGAUUUAGAAAAGCAGUGUUUCCACGCUGAAGGUGGAGCUUUUCACUUGAGUUGCAAUCACUUUUGCACAAUUUCUAUUAUAUUUAAUAUUCAAUAAGAUCAGAUCUUUAGAUUUAGCCGUUUUUUUAAAUAGUAGUUUAGAUACUUAGUUAAAUUCCCAAAACGUAAAUUAUAUUCCAUGUAUUUAGUUGGGUUUUUUUUUCUAAAACUAACAAAGCUCAGUAGAAUAUUUUCAAACGUAAAUGUGUACUUUGUGGGUUUUCACUAACAAACCCACAAAGACAGAAGCCUGACUUAUCCUACCUCUGGAGGACCAAAGCUGCUGGUGAAGCCAGCCAGGCAUCGCUUCAAAUCUAAAUGUACAUAUAAAUAUACGUACAAGUAGCUACUAGUACAGUUAGGGUUUUAUUUUUACUGCUUUUACAUAUCAGAUUUUUUGUUACUUGAUAAACCUUAACAACAGAUUAUUAUUUAAUGUCGAUUUUAACUGCAUUUGUCCACCAUCCAAUACAUGACUUGAAAAGAAGGUGACUACAGGGUAAAAACUUUAACAAAGUCAAAAUUUUGAGCUCAAAUUUGACCUCUUGUGUGAUAAACAAUCAGGUGCUGGACACCCAGCAGAACAAAAACAACCCAAACACUAUUUAUUUAUUUAAAUCCAUUCCUUUAUUGUUAUUUAUGGUAUUUAUAAGGACGCUUUACAGUUAUAAUGUACAUACAAACUAAAAAAUAAAGGUUUACUUUUGAAUGUAUGAGCUGGAGUUGUUGUUGAUGGAGAUUUGCUUGAAUUUGGUGCAAAAUAAAGAGAAAAGGAAGCAUUUUCAGCGUCUGUCUGCUACCUCAAGCGCUCUCCAGGUUUCCACUCACAUCAUAACAAUGUGGCACAUAAAUCACAUUAAAUACUUUUUGACACCUGAAUGACAAAUCCACGUUAAAAGAAAAGUUUGAUUGCAGAGUCCCGAUUAUACUGGAGUUAAUAAAAAUGUAAACUGUUGACUAAUCUUAUAUCUAAGGUUCACUUAUUGUUUUAUUUAGAUUGUUUUGUUAAAUAGUGAAAAGGCUUUUAAGAUUAACAUUCAACAACCUUCACAAUUAUUGGUAAAAAUAUGUAAAAUGGCUUAAAAUAAAUUGUUUUAUUGCAGCAGCACAAAUUUUUACACACAAAAAAAAACAACUUACGUACAAUUGUACUGGUGGGAAUAAAUAUUAAGAAA